AUGAUCCCUGCUAGUCUUAUCGACGGGCGCCUAGGCAGUCUGGUGGUGGUUUACAAUGGCACCCCACCGGUGAUACCAAACCAGAACUUCGACUCACUUUUCCUCUCCAAACCAAACAAUCGUCUGUUCCAGCAAGACGUAAAUAUGGGCUGGUUUCCCACCACACUUGACUCCCAGGCGGACGGAUGGCACUUUGACAUAGUGGGCCUGCUGGCGGUGAUUGGAGGGUCAGCGACGGCCAAGCACCUCCCGGCUAUUGCCGCCUCGCCUUUCAGUGUCAUCCCACGGCUCCUCCCGGCCCCCGAAACUCUGCUUGACACCGAUCGCACCCAUCGGUUGCCCGCUAUCAGUGGCGUAAAAGUCAUUGGCACUCAGUCCGGCAUCCUAUUGAACGAGCUCAAUUACUUUGCGACCCUCAUCCACGACAUCGAGAGCCUUCCCCGCUACGCCGUCAAGGUCUGUAGAGUCAGCCACCGUCGGAACGAGCCAGACCCAAGGAACGACGAAGAAAAAACCGGAGAAGCGAGCCAACAUGAGCUGCGUCCGAUCCGCAUCCAACUCACCUCGUGGCUCAAUGCCGUCACGGUAAUCUCCAUUCUGAUCACCGCCGCCCUCAUCAUUGCCGCGGGAGUGUUGCACGAUGGCGUGGCCAUUCUCGCUCUGGCCGCAACGGCGGGUUCAACCAGCGCGGCCUCCUUGUCGGCGAAAUGGUCUCCGCGACUUGGAACUCGCACGGCCAAGGUAGAAGUCCCACCUGCCGACGUCGUCCUCGCCACCCGCGCAGGCGCUUUUGUCGUUGUCAACUGCGAGGAGACGGUGUGUCGCGAGCUGUACGCGGGGAUGGACGACUGCGACUACCUGUUCAGCCGGGUUCCCCAUCGCAUUCUCUUGGCGGUAAGCACCCUGUUGCUGAUGGCCGGAAUCAUCCUGUUCAGCAACUGCAGCUGGAAGCUCCAGAUAGCUGUCGGGACGGCCUACCUCAUCUUGAACCUACUCUACUGGCUGCUAGCCUUGCUGGUCGAUGCACGCGAGAUCUGGGACUUGAGUCGCUACGAGUGGGAGGAGAAAACCAUCCCAACUGAGCAGCCUUCCUUUACCCUAGCCUUGUGGCUGGCGAUCCUGCAUGCGCAGGAGGUAAGCUGGGUGCGACGGGGCAGUGUGGCGCCGCGGUCGGAUGCCUGGGAUGCUUGGCUGGCCGCUGCCGCCGACAAUUUGGACAACCCGGACUGGGACGCGGUUGGAUAUAAAGAUGAGCUUAUGAAGCAAGAGGUCGAGAAAGCGAGGAGGAAGAGAGCACGACUAGAAACCAAGCAAGCCCAACCUACGACAAGGUCUUUAACGUACUAAUUUGCCAGGCAUGGCCUGGCUUUCUGCUCGCCCUUUCCGUUUGGGAGGUGGGGUUUCGUGCGGUGUAUAGAGUGCCUUCCGACUACAGUUUUUAAAAAAAGCCCAACCGUCCGGUUGAAUCGUUUUUUCGUUUUAAAGACUAUAUAAUGAGGAAUAGGUAGUUUGAUCAAUGUCAG